GGCGACCGCAAGUGCUGCAAUCAAUGAUGGGACUCCACCGGAAGACAUCGGGAGGCAGGCGUGGGAGAACUGCCGCCUACAGAUGCGGCGUGCUGCCACGGAGAACAUAACCACCGGUGUGUCCAGGCUUCGUGUGGGGAGCGACGUGGAUGCAGACGACAGCCGUCGGCCGAGUGGGGACGAGUCUCCGGAUUCCCGUUACGAAGAGGACGUGGAAGACGGUGAGGGGCUGGAGAUCCGACCCGUGGCUGCGCGUGGUGGAUGGAGGGGAGGACGCGGACGUCAGCAGAGGGGCGAGUCGCGUGAGUCGCGUGGUGGCCGAGGAUCGAGGGCUCCUGUGGGCGACAAGGGUGGCAAGCACCCAGCUUGGAGUGUGGAGGAGAUGCUGAAGCUCGCUCGAGCGAAGCGGGAUCAGCAAGCUCAUUUCGAGGGAAUGCCACACAACUAUGGCCGCAUGCGCAACAGGGAGUGGAAGUUGCUGGACCUGCAGAAGUGGCUGGUGGAGGUCGGAGUGGACAGGACAACGGACGACAUAGGGAAGAAGUGGGACAACGUCUUCCAGCAGUACAAGAAGGUGCAGCAUUACAAGAACAUGUCCGGCAUGAAGAACUUCUUCACAUUAACUCCUGCAACGAGAGCGGAUGAGGGUUUCAACUUCCGAAUGGAUGAGCGAGUCUUCAAUGAGAUCGACAACAUGCCAAAAAAUAACAAGACCAUCUACCCGGACAACGUGGCAGACACGAGCGCACGCGAAGCAGUGCCGGCAGCAAUGGAUGGUCACCGCCAACCGGCCAUUGGUGGAGAGUCCUCUGCUGGCGGAGAGGGGGGUGAUGGCGUUGACGAAGAUGCGGGUUCAGCGCGGGAGACGGGGUUCAGUGCAGGGAGCACGGGCACUCCAGCGAAGAGGAAGAACAUGCGGCAGCAGACCUUCGACGCCAUCGCCGAAGUCAUGGACAAACACGGUUCAUUGAUGGCGGACACGGUAGAGGGUGCGAGCAAACGACAGUGUAGCAUCCUGGAGCGGCAGAGUGACAUCCUCGAUCGGGAGGUUGAAGCCCAGAAGCGCCAGUGUGACAUACUGGAGAGGCAUUACACGACGUCCGAUGAGGCAAACAAGAUGAUGUGCACGGCGUUGAUGGAGAUUGCCAGAGCGAUAAGGGAUAGAUCUUGACGCCGGUGGCGUGAGGUUUGUCAAGCCGUUGAAGUGGAAUCGCCCGCCAUCUGGCCCGUCGUGAAAUGUGGUGCCGGUCCUCCGAACGACGACAUAAAUCUAGGAAACAAGGCGGGGGAUGGUGUGUGCGAUGGCCGUGUACCCUCGC